GGAAUUGUGGUAGACGUGCCGUUUGCGAACUUUUUCCUCACCCAACUACUUGGCCGAGAGCGAGCUGGAUGCUACAGUUUUCUCGACGAAUUGGCCACACUUGAUCGGGAAUUGUACAAAAGUUUGAGUUAUAUCAAACAUUACGAUGGUGAUGUGGCCGAUUUGGAAUUCACCUACUCGUAUGCAGAAGACUGUCUAGGUCAGGUGGUAGUUCACGAUUUGUGUCCCGGCGGUCGAUAUAUCACCGUCACAAAUGAUCUGAAGAUCAGCUACGUGCAUCGAGUUGCCCACUUCCGAAUGUACAAACAGAUUCGUGCCCAAACUGCCUCAUUCAUUCGCGGUUUCUAUUCUAUUCUCAAUCCGGACUGGUUGGCCAUGUUCUCGCCGCCUGAAUUGCAAAAACUGAUCUCGGGUGACAGUAUCUCCGUGAAUAUUGAUGAUCUGAAACAAAACACACGGUAUUCUGGUGGAUUUCACAGCAAUCAUCGUGUGAUCAAAUGGCUGUGGGAUAUUCUACGUCGAGAUUUCUCCGAUGAGGAGCGUAGCCUCUUUCUCAAGGUAUGA